CUUAUCUGAUGACACACACAAGAGUUUUUGUUUUCAUCUUCUUUGCGCUUUCUCAUUUUCUUGGAUUACAAUUAUAUCAAAAUUCAUGGGCGGCUCAAAGGGGUUUUUUUUUUUUUUUUUUUUUUGUUUUAUUGCCUGAGAAUGGGCGUUUUGUGUUUUGCUUGCCAAAAAAAAUUGUGGUUUCUUUUUCUCAUUUCCUUUUUUCUCAUUGCGAUAAAACAUGUUGUAAAAGGGGGGACGGGGGUGGAUAAUUGGCUGAGAUUUGGGCAAAUAGGCAUGGAAUGGUUUUUUACGAGAUGGAAAACAGGAUCGAAUCUGGGUCGAAGUAGAAGGAUGGGUCGUUUGUACAUAGGAAUAAACAGCACAAGCAAACGAAAUACAAGAUAAAUAUUGAAUAAAGGAGGCUUCCUUGAAUAAUGCAAAGUGCACAAUGGCUUGGAGUACCU